CAGCAGCAGCAGCAGCAGCAGCAACAGCAGCAGCAGAGGGAUCCAGGCGACAGCUACGGGUGGUGGUUUCGGGUCGACUCCGUGCGUUACUCGCAAAUGUCGGUGUCCAGUCAUUUUCAAGAUGGCAGAAGGCUUGAAGACUUGGUUCAUGGUUUGAACAUGGGGGCCAUCAGUCCGACUGAAGAAUUCCUGCAUCUCGAUGUCCGAGUUUGGUGGGCCGGACGACGCUACCAGGAGGAUUUGGUCUACAGCUUGGACAAUCGCCGGCUUUGGUGCUUGAAGCGGCAUCAAGAGCACGUCAGGAGGUCCCGUGACCCGAACCAUGAUGUGUACAUUUGGGCACGGGUAAAAGAGAGAGAUCGAAAAGAAUUACGGCGCUAUGGGAAUGGAUGGGAACCUAGCGUCAGAGGCAGACAACCUUUUCAGAGGUAG